AUGGGAAAAGGCGGCGGCACGUUCGAGAGGCUGCUGGAUAAAGCCACCAGUCAACUCCUGUUGGAGACAGACUGGGAGUCCAUUCUGCAAAUCUGUGAUAUGAUUCGUCAAGGAGACACGCAAGCUAAAUAUGCAGUUGUUUCUAUCAAGAAGAAGGUGAAUGACAAAAACCCACACGUGGCUCUUUUUGCCCUGGAGGUUUUGGAGUCUGUGGUGAAAAACUGCGGCUCAACCGUACACGACGAGGUGGCAAAUAAGCAAACUAUGGAAGAGCUGAAAGAACUGCAGAAGCGAGCAGUGGAACCGAAUGUUCGGAACAAGAUCUUGUAUCUGAUCCAAGCCUGGGCCCACGCCUUCCGCAACGAGCCGAAGUAUAAAGUUGUCCAGGACACCUAUCAGAUCAUGAAGGUGGAAGGACACAACUUCCCUGAGUUCAAAGAGAGUGACGCCAUGUUUGCUGCAGAGCGAGCUCCCGAUUGGGUAGAUGCCGAGGAGUGUCAUCGCUGCCGCGUUCAGUUUGGAGUCGUCACGCGGAAGCAUCACUGUAGAGCCUGUGGUCAGAUUUUCUGUGGGAAAUGCUCUUCAAAGUACUCCACCAUCCCCAAGUUUGGCAUUGAGAAAGAAGUACGCGUGUGCGAGCCUUGCUAUGAACAUUUGAACAAAAAGGGAGAAGGAAAGUCCGCCACCAGCGUUGAACUACCCCCAGAAUAUUUGACCAGCCCUCUAUCUCAGCAAUCACAGAUGCCGCCCAAGAGGGAUGAAACUGCUCUGCAGGAGGAGGAGGAACUGCAGCUGGCUAUCGCUUUGUCACAGUCUGAAGCUGAAGAAAAAGAAAGAAUGGGGCCCUCCCCUAAUGCAGGUGGUUCUGGUCUUCACUUGCAGAGACAAAAGAACACAUAUGGCAUGUAUCCAAAGGCAGACCCAACCCCUGUUACAUCCUCUGCCCCUCCAGCCAGUACUCUCUAUUCCUCUGUGAAUUCUUCUGCUCCGCUUGCUGAAGAAAUCGACCCAGAGCUUGCCCGCUAUCUAAACCGCAAUUACUGGGAGAAGAAACAGGAGGAGGUGCGGAAGAGCCCCACCCCGUCCGCUCCAGUACCAACAAGUGAGCCUGUGGUGCAGGUGGCUGAGGUGCCACCAGUGAGCAUGGUCAGUGUUAUGGAGCAGUACCAGAAUGGCGAGUCUGAGGAGAAUCAUGAGCAGUUCUUGAAGGCGCUGCAGAACGCUGUCACCACUUUUGUGAAUCGCAUGAAAAGCAACCAUAUGCGUGGCAGGAGCAUUACCAAUGACUCGGCUGUGUUGUCCCUCUUCCAGUCUAUUAACAACAUGCACCCGCAACUUCUGGAGCUGCUCAACCAGCUGGAUGAGAGACGCUUGUAUUAUGAAGGUCUUCAGGACAAGCUGGCCCAGAUCAGAGAUGCCCGUGGGGCUCUGAAUGCACUACGCGAGGAGCACAGAGAAAAGCUGCGACGAGCUGCAGAGGAGGCUGAGAGGCAACGGCAGAUACAGUUGGCACAGAAGCUGGAGAUAAUGAGGCAAAAGAAACAGGAAUAUUUGGAGAUGCAGCGCCAGCUUGCCAUCCAGCGCCUGCAGGAACAGGAGAAGGAAAGGCAGAUGCGACUGGAGCAGCAGAAGCAGACCAUCCAGAUGAGAGCCCAGAUGCCAGCUUUCUCCCUGCCUUAUGCACAGAUGCAGUCUUUGCCAUCAUCAGGUGGUGUCAUGUACCCACCCUCCGGCCCCAAUGCUUAUCCAGGCACCUUCAGUCCUUCUGGCUCAGUGGAGGGCUCUCCCAUGCAUGGGGUGUACAUGAAUCAACCAGGACAGCCUGGCUCUGCGCCUUAUACCUCAAUGCCUGGUGCAGACCCUGGCAUGGUUAAUGCCUACAUGUACCCAGCAGGAGCCGCUCCUGCAGCGCAGCAAGGGCAGCCAGUGCCAACUACCAAUCCUGCGUACACGUCCUACCAGCCCACGCCAACACAACCCUACCAGAAUGUGGCCUCCCAGAGCCUGUCAUCCAUGUCCCAGAAUCCUCCUGCUAGCGGGAUGAAUUACAUGGGUGCACAGCCUGUCCCCAUGGGCUAUCAGCCAUAUAACAUGCAGAACCUCAUUUCUUCACUUCCUGGACAAGACCCAGCAAUGACCAACAUGCCUUCUCAGCAACCUUUCCACCCUGGACAACAGCCGAUGUACCAACCGAUGGCAGUAGGUGCUGGUCAGCAGCAGCCCCCACAGCAACAAGCAACACACGGCCAGCAAGUGUCAGGGGGCAGCGAAGCCCAGUUAAUCUCUUUUGAUUGA